AAGGAAUGGUCUGGUGCGGUGAGGUAUAAAUGUAGUCUCCAUCGAGGGUUUAAUUAGGGCUUAUGCAUUACAGACGGGUAAAUCCCAAUUCCAAAUCCAACUAUUGGUACUCAAAGGAAGUACUUGUGGAGCUAAGUACUUCUCAUCUUUUGUAGUAAAAUCAAAUGUCCACCGCUCUCUAUCCUCUAACCGGCAUGUCGUCGGAGCCGCUCUCCGCCUCUGGCCGGAGUUCCGAGAAGGUGAGCCUUCCUGCGCUACAAUCCAAAAUGAAAAUCGAUCCGCAAGGUUAUGAGACUGAACUUGGCCUCCUCUACAGCCAAUUCAACUCAGCUCUCGAGCUAUUUCAACAGCAAGCAGCUCUCAACUUCAUUUCAAUCUCCUCGUCUGGUGUUUGUGCUGACCCCACCAUCGCCAAGGACCUUGGGGAUCGAGCAAUGUUUUUGGCUCAUGUGACGCCGUUUUACCCCAAGCAAUUGGCCCAUUUCCCGAGUCAACUCGUCGAGUUUCUCAAAUCUUCUGCACGUUCCCUACCCUCGGGUCUGAGGUGUCAUGUUACUCAAGCUUUGAUUCUUUUACUUAAUCGAAAGAUGGUUGAUAUCAGUGAAACACUUGCAUUGUUCAUGGAGCUUCAAACUCUGGGAGAUAGGAAUUUGAGAAAAUUGGCAUUCUCUCAUGUUGUUCAUAGCAUUAGACGCAUGAAUAAGAAGCACAAAAAUGAAGCUAAGAAUCGGGUGCUUCAGAAUAUCUUGUUUGCAAUGCUACAGCAAGAGGAUGAGGCAAGAGCUAAGAGAUCUCUUAUCACACUAUGUGAGUUUCACCGGAGAAAGGUGUGGUUCGAUGACAGAACAGCAAAUGCUAUUUGUAUGGCAUGUUUUCAUUCAUCAUCUAGGAUCAUGAUUGCUGCCCUAUCAUUUCUUCUAGAUUACGAGAAGAUUGAGGGUGACGAUAGUGAUGAUAGUGAUGCUGCAAGCAGUGAUGAUGAUACAAAUCCUCAAAGUUCUCAAGCUGCCCUCAGUAAGGAGGCUAUUUAUAAGGCACAUCAUAAAGGCACAGUAUCCAGUAAAAAGAAAAAGAAAGCAAAACUGCAGCGUGCCAUCCGUAGCAUGAAAAGGCAGCAACGCCUGUCAUCAGAAAAAAGCAGUUCUAAUUAUUAUUCACCACUUAAUCAUCUUAAAGAUGCACAGGGAUUUGCUGAGAAGUUGUUUUCUCGCCUUCAGACUUGCAAUGAACGCUUUGAGGUUAAGAUGAUGAUGUUGAAAUUAGUUGCUCGAACUGUUGGACUGCACCGCUUGAUGUUGUUGAACUUUUACCCUUUUCUUCAGAAAUAUGUGCAGCCACAUCAACGUGAUAUCACAAAUUUACUUGCUGCUGCUGUCCAAUCAUGCCAUGAUAUGGUUCCUCCAGAUGCAGUUGAACCGCUAUUCAAACAAAUAGUAAAUCAAUUUGUACAUGAUCGAUCCCGUACAGAGGCUAUCGCUGUUGGAUUGAAUGUGAUAAGGGAAAUAUGUUUGCGUAUGCCUCUGUUGAUGACAGAAGAUUUGCUGCAAGAUCUUGUAUUGUAUAAAAAAUCACAUGAGAAGGCAGUUUCAGUUGCAGCUAGAUCACUAAUGACUUUAUUUAGAGAGGUCUGUCCCUCUCUAUUGGUUAAGAAGGAUCGAGGUCGUCCUAUUGAUCCAAAAGCAAAGCCAAAAGCAUAUGGAGAAGUCAAUGUUGUCAGCAAUAUACCUGAUCUCGAGUUAUUACAGGAUGAUGAGGAGGAGGAGGAGGAGGGGGAGGGGGAGGGGGAGUUAUUAGAGGAGGAUGAUGAUAAUGUUGAUAAACCCAGUGGAUUAAGUGAUGCUCAUGAUGACAUGGUUGCAAGCAGCGAUGAUGAAGAAAAUCAGAUGUACAGUGAUGAUUCUGGAAGUGGGGAUGGUGAUUUACAAGAGGACUCUGUCAAUGAAGAUGAUGAUAACAGUAUUGAUGAAAAUGACAGUGACCAAAGUGACAGUGAUGAGGAGGAGAUGGAAGAGGAUGAUGAUGCUGAGGCGCAUGAAACAGCUAAGGCUUCUCUUGCAGGUGAUUACUAUAAUACCAGGGACAUGAAAGAAGACAACGAAUCUAAGCCCAGUAAGAGAAAGUUUUCUGAUUUUGAUGGAAAACUUAUUGCCGCCGACACUAGUCUUAGGGCUCUAAAACGAUUGGCUGAAGAGAAGUUGAAUCAAACCUCUUUAGACUCAACUGAUGGCAUUCUUUCUAAUGAAGACUUUCAAAGGAUAAAGGAACUGAAGGCAAAGAAGGAAGCUAAAAUUGCUUUAGCUCGGCAAGGAUUUAAAGUUGCAAGUUCUGAUCAACUGAGUGUUAAGCGACUGGAUCCUGCAAAGCUUGAAGCUCAUGUGAAGAAGAAGAUGAGCAAGGAAGAAAGAUUGGCAUUAGUGAGAGCUGGGAGAGAGGCUACAGGGAAGUACCAGGCUAGAACUGCUAUUAAAAACAAAAAGACUGGUGGUAAAAGUAAUAGACAGAAGCAACAUGAGAAGGUUAUGCCCUUUGCUGCGAAAAAAGCCAGGGCAGCUAGAUCUCGGGAAGAGAAGAAGAGGAAACAGAGUCGCUCUGGCAAACAAUUUAGGGGGAAGAAAGCGUGGAAAUAAUCAGGAUCGUCAGCUUUCUGUUUUUUUUUUUUUUUUUUUUCUUUUUUUUUUAAAU